UUGCCUCUCUCCUAUGCAUCCACGUCAGAUCCAGCCUGGAAACUCACCUCCUGUAAGCGUGCCACGUGUCCACGUUCCGCUCCGCGCCGUUUCAUUAAAAGGAAUCGUCUUGGGCUUUCUUAGUUUGUUAUCUGGUGGGUUACGUCAUCUCGGCCCAGAUAAGGAUAAGACACAAAAACGAAAUCUGAUCUUCUUCUUCGAUGCGGCUGUGAUGUGGGACUCCUGCGAUUCUUCAUUCGAUCUGAAACUGUUUAUUAAUGGCUGCGACGUAAAGCGAAUUGAUCACCCCUCCACGAUUCGUCUUCAAUGAUUUGUGACAGGUGGUGUCUCUAAUUCUAUAAAAGUCCUGAAGUCUGGUCGAUGCUUAUCCACCGUUCAAGUGCGGUUGCUCCGGUUCCGGUAGGCCAGAAACGUCAGAAAGCCGUGGGGAAAUGAUGGGCGUGGAUAUGCUCUCACUGGACUCAAAGUGCCUAACUGAGAUAGAGAACAGAACCUUCACUUUCCAACUGAAGCUCACUGAGUUCAACAUCACUUCAAAGCAUCAGUCAUUAACCAUCUCCCGCAUAUUUGAAAAGCAUCAGCGUCCACCACUACCAAGCUUCGCUGAACAAGAAGUAACAAUCAACCUGGUGAAGUCAUGCCACGAGCUGGAGCAGUGUCAAGUAAGCCAUCCGGUGACCGGUGAGAUACCGGUGAAGCCUCUAAGAACGCUGGUGCGAGUGAUAUUCUUGGGAUUGUUGAAGGAGGUGAUGCUGAUCCACCUAUCCAAUCUGAUGAAGCUGUUUUGUUGACUCCACCACUACCAACGAACCACCCACGGAUGAUGUGCGUGAAGGGAAAAGACUACGCAUAGCUUAGCUUCCUAAGUUCAGCAUGAGUUGAUGUUUCCGUCGUCAUCCUUGCCUCUAUAUUUUCUCUGUUUUUUAUCAGUUUUAAUUUUUAGUACUCAAGAGUUUCUUCUCAGAUGAAACCUGUUUUAUGUUUUGUCUUAGAUCCUAUGUAUUAGUUUUCCUUACCAACUUGGUCCUAAGCUGGUUUUUAUCUUUAUAAAAAAAACUCUUUUUAGAAGCUU